GGUAGCUUAAUAGGUUUUGCUUUUACCAUUGCACAAAGCAAAUGGUCCCUGUAUGAUUCAGUUUUUAUGAAGAUCGUACUGAAGCAUCUGUACGAGCCACGAGGGCAGAGUUGGAAUUGGGCUUCGGAUGUUGAAUCUUUUGCCAACUUGUUGGUGUCUUUUGCCUAAGCAGAAUGUAGGAAUAUAGCACAACUUGCAAAGGUUAGGAUAAUGAAGAGACCAGGCCAGUGGGAAGAACUUCAUAUAUCUCGCAGCAUCAGGUCUAUUGUUUGCCUCAGCUUGCCCAGUUUUUCUGGUGGACUCAAUCCUUGGGGGACGCCUAAUAAGAAGAAACUUCAUUCGAGGGACUUGACACCUCCAUAUGUUGACGAUGGCCUUCUUGAGAUUGUUGGUUUUCGAGAUGCAUGGCAUGGGCUUGUUUUGUUCUCUCCACAUGGGCAUGGGACUCGCCUUGCACAGGCCAAAGGAAUUCGUUUCGAGUUUUGCAAGGGUGCAGCUGACCAUACAUUCAUGAGGAUUGAUGGAGAGCCAUGGAAACAACCCCUCCCCGAAGAUGAUGACACUGUUGUCAUUGAAAUCUCUCAAUUCAGCCAAGUCAGCAUGCUUGCCAACCUAACCUGCCGAUCAAAGAGUGUGCAUGCACCUUUGUCACCAUGGAUUCACGAGGACGAUGAAUAUGAAAGUAAGGAAGAAGAAUCUGUAGAAGACAGGGAAGAGACAAGAAAGUUAGGUGCGGCUGACACUUUCCGGUUACCAGCGGAGUUCGAUAUAGCUAAACUUAGUUAGCCCAUGCAGGUUCUGCUGCAUAGCUCGGACUGAGUUCCUAAUCGUGAGGUUCAGGAUAACUCUUCAAGUACUUAGGUUGUUGACAUCAGUUUGUGUACAGUUUUUUGCCCAAGCUUGAUCCGGGACGUCGCGUUAAGUUCAUCUGCUAGCACCAGUCUUAACCCAUUCUCCUUUUUUCUUUUCCUUAUCUCAGUAGCCUUCAAAAUUUCAAAUCACCGAACACAGCUGCGUUAGUGGCAGCAACUGAGAUUCCACUAUAGUUUUGUAGUUGCUGUGAUAGUUGAAAUGCCGUGACGAUGUGCUAUCUUCCUGCCAAACACUUUUAACGUCUGACUAAGAGUUAAAAGUCUGUGAGACUGUGAUUCUUUGUCUAUAGAUGCAAACCUCAG